AGCAGCAAGGAGUAAUAGCUGCAGAAGUAUUCCUAGAAACCUCCAUUACUUCGAAAAUCUCUCUACCUUUCCCCUCCUGCAAUUAACCAAGCGAAAACCCAUUUUCCUUUUUCUUCUUCCUUUCUUUCACACAAACCAUGAGCAACCACAAUCUUUCAAAACCCGUCUUUUUAACCAAAGCCCAACGCGAAGAACUAGCCCUUAAACGCCUCGAAGAGCAACGAGCCCAACAGAAACGCCGCCUCGAAGAGCUCCACCGCUCUAACAACACCACCAACAGUAACUCCGAUUCUCCUUCUACUAAGCCUUCUUCCGAUUCCUCCGAUCGCCGCGACCGCGAAAGGCAGCGGGAAAGAGACCGCGAAUCCGAGCGGAGAAACCGGGAGCGCGAAAGGGAACGCGAGCGGGAGGAGGAAGCCAAGGCUCGAGAACGAGCGCGGCUGGAAAAAUUAGCGGAGAGAGAAAGGGAAAAAGAAUUGGAAUCGAUUAAAGAGCAAUACCUCGGAUCGAAAAAGCCUAAAAAAAGGGUUAUCAAACCUAGCGAGAAAUUUAGGUUUUCUUUCGAUUGGGAAAACACGGAAGAUACUUCGAGGGAUAUGAAUUCGUUGUACCAGAACCCUCACGAGGCUCAGCUUUUGUUCGGACGAGGGUUUAGGGCUGGAAUGGAUCGGAGGGAACAAAAGAAGCUCGCGGCGAAGAAUGAGAAGGAGAUGAGGGAAGAGAUUAGGAAAAAAGAAGGGGUUGAAGAGAAACCAGAGGAAGCCGCGGCGCAGAAGUUAAAGGAAGAAGCGGCGAAUACUUACGAUACAUUCGAUAUGAGAGUUGAUAAGCAUUGGUCUGAAAAGAAGCUUGAAGAAAUGACUGAACGAGAUUGGAGGAUUUUUAGGGAAGAUUUUAAUAUUUCCUAUAAAGGGUCGAAGAUUCCACGACCAAUGAGGAGUUGGGUUGAGAGUAAAUUGAGUGCCGAGUUGUUGAAAGCUGUGGAGAGAGUUGGGUAUAAGAAGCCUUCCCCGAUACAAAUGGCAGCGAUUCCUUUGGGAUUGCAGCAAAGGGAUGUGAUUGGGAUCGCAGAGACAGGGUCAGGUAAGACUGCUGCUUUUGUCUUGCCUAUGUUGUCUUAUAUAUCCAGAUUACCACCUAUGAGUGAAGAGAAUGAAGCUGAGGGGCCUUAUGCUGUUGUCAUGGCCCCGACUCGUGAACUUGCUCAGCAAAUUGAGGAUGAAACUAUGAAGUUUGCACAUUAUUUGGGUAUUAAAGUUGUUUCAAUUGUUGGUGGUCAGUCAAUAGAAGAACAAGGGUUUAGGAUUAGACAAGGGUGUGAGGUUGUUAUUGCUACACCUGGUCGUCUGCUGGAUUGUUUAGAGAGACGAUACGCUGUAUUGAACCAGUGUAAUUAUGUGGUUCUUGAUGAGGCUGAUAGGAUGAUAGAUAUGGGUUUUGAGCCCCAAGUUGUGGGUGUUUUGGAUGCUAUGCCAUCUAGUAAUUUGAAACCAGAGAAUGAAGAUGAGGAGCUUGAUGAAAAAAAGAUUUAUCGGACUACUUAUAUGUUUAGUGCUACGAUGCCUCCAGCUGUGGAGCGGCUAGCUAGAAAGUAUUUGAGGAAUCCUGUUGUGGUCAACAUUGGUACUGCUGGAAAGGCUACCGAUUUGAUUUCCCAACAUGUGAUGAUGAUGAAGGAAUCAGAAAAGUUCUCGAGAUUGCAGAAGUUGCUCGAUGAUCUUGGGGAUAAGACCGCAAUUGUGUUUGUUAAUACCAAGAAGAAUGCUGAUACUAUUUCCAAGAAUCUGGAUAAGGCUGGUUAUAAAGUAACAACCUUGCACGGUGGAAGGUCGCAGGAGCAGAGGGAAAUUAGCCUUGAGGGUUUUAGGGCGAAAAGAUUCAAUGUCCUUGUUGCUACAGAUGUUGCAGGCCGUGGAAUUGAUAUUCCUGAUGUGGCUCAUGUCAUUAACUAUGAUAUGCCUAGUAAUAUUGAAAUGUACACACAUCGUAUUGGAAGAACAGGACGUGCAGGGAAGACUGGUGUGGCCACAACAUUUUUGACUCUUCAAGACUCUGAUGUCUUCUAUGAUCUCAAGCAGAUGCUUGUUCAAAGUGGCAGCCCUGUCCCUCCUGAGCUGGCAAAGCAUGAAGCUUCUAAGUUCAAACCAGGAUCGAUUCCUGACAGACCUCCUAGACGCAAUGACACUGUUUUCGCUCAUUGAGAAACUUGAGUUUUUAUUGGCACGUAAGAAGUAAAAGCCCCAAUAUGUUUUGCUGUACUGUGGUAUUGUAGUUGCCGAAGUAUCGAUCAUUGCUUCUCACAAGUAAUUUCUUUUUGCACUUCAAUUGUAGAAUUUGAAAGUGUUAUUAGCUGUCUUUACUUUAAUUGCUGCUGGAUUGCUGCUACCAUGCUAAUUUGUCACUAGAGGAGUAUUACUGGGUAAUAGGAAGAUGGUGAACUUUGAAAUAUUUAAUUUGAGGUCACUGAUUACUGGUUUAUAUAUU